CCGAAAUCAAAUAGCGAUAACCCCGCUCUCGCCGCACAGCGAAGCCGACGGGACGCCAUUUGUUGUUUGCAAAAGAGCCUAAAGCCUACAACACACGUGAGGAGGAGGGUUUGAAAAGGCCUCCGCUCAUCAACAUGGCGGAUGUGGACAUUGAUCUAUACGGAGACGUGGAACAAGACUUCACUCAGGAUGACUUUGCUGACGGAGACCUGUAUGAUGCGGUCCUCACGGGCGGUGGAAGAGAACGGGAGCGCGAGGCUCCUCCCAGCCCAACCUCUGCCCCACCUGAACGCAAUGGAGGAACUGCUCCCUCACGUCAACCCACACAAGCCCAAAGAGGACGCUCUGUCUCGUCUGAAGAACGUGCCGUCUUCUCUGGACCAGUGCCUCACAGUGGACGGAAAUAUCAGCUCUACGUGGGAAACUUGACUUGGUGGACGACUGACAACGAUAUUGCAGCUGCUGUACAAAGCCUUGGUUUGAAUGACUUUCUGGAUGUCAAGUUUUUUGAAAAUCGUGCCAAUGGACAGAGUAAAGGUUUCUGUGCAAUUUCACUGGGCUCAGAAGCGAGUAGUCGAAUAGUGUUGGAAAAACUACCCAGGAAGGAAAUACAUGGCAUGAAUCCCGUUGUUACCUAUCCAAGUAAACAGGCCCUCAAUCAGUUUGAGUCUCAGAGCAAAACUCGAGCAAGUCCACAGCAUCAACAGCGUGGCGGGCCAGGGGGUCCAGGUGGCCACCCUGGUGGUCCAGGGGGUCCAGGUGGCCCAAGAAUGCCACCCCCUGGCCGUGGCAUGCCUCCCCCAGGAAUGGAUCAUAGACCUCCAGGCCCACCUGGCCCCCAUGGCCCUCAUAGUGGCUCUCAUGGGGGGCCUCAUGGUGGUCCACAUGGCCCUCAUGGACCUCCAGGACCACAUGGUCCUCCUGGGCCUCAUGGUCCCCCUGGUCCCCAUGGACCUCACAGUGGACAUCAUGGUGGUCCGCCAGGCCCUCACGGACCACCUGGUCUGGGGCCGCACCAUGGGCCCCACCAAGGACCUCCUCGUGGACCUCCACCUCAUGGCAUGCAAGGCCCUGGACCCAGAGGUCCUCCUCCUCCAGGCCACCUUCAAAGACCUUUACAUCCUGGUGGACCUGGUGGGCCUCCACCUGGCCAUGGUGGCCCACCACCCCGUGGACCACCACCAAAUAUGGGACCUCCCCCGGGUCAACAUGGACCCCCACCACCACGUGGCCCUCCUCCACCCAUUGACCCAAGGGCUCCGCCACCUAGACCGGACUUUAUAGGUGGCUUCCCGGCCACGAGCAGCCCCCCCUCGGUUCCCCACAACCUGGCUCUCCCUGCGAGGCCUCCCAUCACGCAAGGUACCCCCACCACAGACAUAUAUGGCAAUGGUCCUCCACCUCAUGGAGCUCCCCCACCACAUGGUCCUCCUCCUCAUGGUGGUGGGCCUCCAGCUCCACAUGUCAACCCAGCCUUCUUCCCUCCACAUAGUGCUCCUCCCCCUGCAGCAGCUGCUCCACCAGCACACUAUGCUCCUCCUCCACCUCCACAUCAGCAUGGAUUUACUGGAGGGGAUCAUCGCAUUGAUGGUCCACCUCCGCUCUCAGAAGCCGAGUUUGAAGACAUUAUGAAUCGUAAUAGAACCGUUUCAAGCUCAGCAAUUGCAAGAGCUGUUGCAGAUGCAUCUUCAGGUGAAUAUGCCAGUGCAAUUGAAACUCUUGUGACUGCCAUAUCUUUGAUCAAACAGUCUAAAGUUGCACACGACGACCGCUGUAAAAUCCUGACAAGUUCUUUACAGGACACACUACAUGGCAUCGAGGCUAAAAGUUACGGCUCCAGCAAACGACGUGAGAGAUCGCGUUCCCCAAGCAGAAGACACCGCCGGGAAAGAUCACGCUCAAGAGAGAGAGAAUACCGGGACCGCUCUCGAUCGCACUCGAGGGACCGUGAAUACGAACGCCACCGCAGUGAGAGGGAGAGGGGGACAACAGAGCGCGGGGCUGCGGAGCGUGAGAGGGACUAUGAAAGGUCCUACAGCAGAGAAAGGGAAUAUGACCGAGCCCGCGAACGUGACAGAGAGAGGGACAGGGAUCGUGAGAGAUCACAAAAUUCCAGAUAUUACGAUGAGCGUUACCGCGAACGGGAUGCCAGAAGAGAACGGAUUGAAGAACGACCAACACGCGAGCGCAUCGAGGAACGCAGCACGAGGGAGGACGUGCGAGAGCCGGUGCGAGAGCGAGAGAGAGAGCGCGACAGGGACAGAGAAAGGGAGCGUGACGUCAGAACGCGGGAAGAGAGAGAGUCUUCGUCACACCGUUCCUCAAGGCAUUAGGAUGCUGUGUGGUUGAAUGUUACAGUGUUCCCAUGUAAAAGAAAGGAAGAAAACUGAAGAAAAAAGCAGCAGGCUUGAGUUUGAACAAUAUCUAAGUUUUGGAAUGUUGCUUUUUUUCUCUUUUCUUUUUUUCUUUCCUUUUUUUCCGUUUUUAUUUUGUUUUUGUUUUUUUUUUUUCUUUUUUUUUCAUGUCUUGGGGAAGUUAGGAGAAACUACAAAUGAUUUUUCAUUGAUCUGUACUGUGGAUGUUGAAAUCUGUCUGCUACAAAUGUUCCUUUUUUUUUUUCUUUUUUUUUUUUUAAACAUUUUUCCCAAAAAGAAUGCAUGAUGACAGCAUUUUAGUGUAUAUCUUGGAGAUGCACUUUUAUUGGUUUAAAGACUGGCAAUAAACUGUUUGCUUUUUUUCAUUCAGUGGCAUUACUUUUUUUUUUUUCUUUUUUUUUCUUUUUUACUAGGGGUGUAGUUGUCACGCUGAAUAUGUUACAUGUAGUAAUACUAGUUCUAAGCAUUAAGACAAGAAUUCCAAGCUUGUAUUAUAAAGUACAUAUUAUUUUUGUGACGGAUUCUAUAUUUCGUUUUGUGAAGCAAAUGAGCAAGACAGGUUCAUAUAUACAAAGUACAUUAAAGAGCCAAUAUUUGGUUUUGUAUUCUGAAUUUAUGGGACGUCAUUAUAUGUGAGUGGAUCUAUUCACUGUUUGUCAGUGGUUUGCCUUUUUUAUUAAUGGAAGUAAACUACCUUAGGUCAUUUGUGAUGAUUAAAUUGAGAAGGAUUAAUGGUUACUAGAUUUUUUUUUUUUUUUCUGUAUGUAACGUUUGUAUGUAAAUCAUUUAUUUGUACGUGACUAAGGCAAACACUAUUUUUGAGUAGGUACUAAAAAUAAUGAUUUUGCUUCCAAGAAUUGAGAGAUCUGUGUGGUUAUGAAUGUGGAACAAUUGUAUGACAAAUAGCCAAUGUUCAGUUUCAAUAAAAUAUUCCACUAA